GAAGCAGAAAUAUCUAAAAUAAAUCUUCUUAUUCUUUUAUUUAUUGUGUUUGGUCCUUAUUAAUUUUGUGUUAUUUAUAUAUGGACAUGUAUAUGUAUGUGACUUUCCAAAUUCGUGGAGUGCAAAUGAUUCACAGUGAGGUUGUGGUUUCAAAUAUCGAAGCCUUGGUAGCUUAGGUUUGUGGCUUAUAUUAUAGCGCAGUGCACACCUUAAGCAGUCUUGAAAAAGCUGCGAUUUGCUCACUCUUAGAAUCCUUUCCAUCUAUAAAACGCGACCCUGAGUCCCAAUAGUUCCUCGCACUGUCUUCAUCUGGAUCGUUUGCAAACAUGGGUGAAGUGGUUGUGAGAGAGUUCGAGCCGAACAAAGACAGAGAGAAAGUAGAAGCCGUUGAAAGGAUAUGCGAGGUUGGACCCAGGGGCAAGAUUUCUCUCUUCACCGACAUGCUCGGUGACCCGAUUUGCAGGGUCCGCCAUUCCCCCGCUUUUCUCAUGCUGGUGGCGGAGAUUGGAGAAGAGAUAGUGGGAAUGAUAAGAGGAUGCAUAAAAACAGUAACAUGCGGGAAAAGGCUAUCAAGAAACGGAAAACACAACAAGACUAAUGCUAAAGAGGUUCCAGUGUACACGAGAGUGGCCUACAUAUUAGGCCUUCGUGUAUCUCCUGAUCAACGGAGAAUGGGAAUAGGGUUGAAGCUAGUGAAGAGAAUGGAGGCGUGGUUCAGAGAAAACGGCGCUGAGUACUCCUACAUGGCAACGGAAAACGACAACUUAGCGUCCGUUAAACUCUUCACCGACAAAUGCGGCUAUUCAAAGUUCCGUACCCCGUCCGUCCUUGUCAACCCCGUUUUCGCACACCGAGAGAGGGUAUCCUCAAAGGUCACCAUCAUUCCGCUUUCUCCCUCGCACGCCGAGAUUCUCUACCGUCGCAGAUUCUCCACCACCGAGUUCUUCCCGCGCGACAUUGAUUCCGUUCUCAACAACAAGCUCACUCUGGGCACCUUCCUCGCUGUCCCGAGCGGGUUCUGCAGGGCCGAGACAUGGCCCGGCCCAGAUCUUUUCCUGUCGGACCCACCCCACUCUUGGGCCCUCGUCAGCGUCUGGAACUCAAAGGAAGUCUUCACGCUCGAGGUGCAAGGCGCGUCGCGCGUGAAGCGCACGCUCGCCAAGACCUCGCGGGUGGUGGACCGGGCCCUGCCCUGGCUGCGGUUACCGUCGUUUCCGGAUUUGUUCAGUCCGUUCGGGUUUCACUUCAUGUACGGGCUUGGUGGGGAAGGCCCAGAGGCGUUGAAGAUGGUUAAGGCCCUGUGUGGGUUCGUGCAUAACCUCGCUAUGGAAAAGGGGUGCAGGGUGGUGGUCACUGAAGUGUCACCCAACGAGCCCUUAAGGUUCGGGAUACCCCACUGGAAGAUGCUGUCGUGGGACGAAGAUUUGUGGUGUAUGAAGCGGUUGGGCGAAGAUUACAGUGAUGGUUCCGUUGGUGACUGGACCAAAUCUCAACCCGCCAUGUCCAUUUUUGUUGACCCGAGAGAGGUCUAACGAGUCAACGUCCACCACGCCUUUUUGUUUCUCUUGUCGUUUUCUUUCUUUUUCUCCCUCUCUCUCUCUCUCUAAAUAUGUGUAUACUUAAUUUCCCAAAAUAUAUUAUCUAGUUAGAGUAAUGGGAAUUGAGAUAAUCAGGUAUAUGUGAAUUUUUGUUUAGCUAGUUGAACGAAUAUCCAUCUUUUGUUCUUA